UUAAUAAAUAAUGACAUUGAGAUUAAAGAAUGUUUUAUAUUUGUCUUGAAUUUAAAUUGUUUUUCAUUAAUAAAAUCCCAUUGAAUUUAGAUUUUAUUUGUUUCCAAUGAAGUCCAUAGUGACCAAUAGUGCUUGAGAAAGUGUUUGAAAUGUUGUAUCUUGUUCACAGAAGUCUACCAAGAACUGGCCCAAAAGCGUGACGCAUUUAGCCGAGGGGAGGACAUAUGGUCUGUUACAGUGUCCCAGAAAAAAAGCAGAAAGACAGGAAAUCAAGCAAAGGAGGUGGUAACCUUACGGAAUCAAGCCACGACAUCUGGUUCACAGGCGGCAACUGCCAUGUGCGACAAGCUUAAGAGCUACCUCCAUUCCAAGAGAACCGCCAAGCAGGGCACACCCCUCCGUAGCUCUACUCCUGCUCCAGAUCACUCUGAUGACUCGGAUGAAACAUCCUGUGAUUUAUUUGGGCCGUUCAAAAGGCGGAAGGUGGUACUGACAAGUGAGGAGGAGGGAGAUGACUGCAUUCCACAGGAGGAGCCAGAGCACCAGACGGAGCCAGAGGGCCAGCAGCAACCAGUGAAGGUUCUGGUGGAACUAGAGGAAGAGACAUUGAAGGCUCUGAAAGAGCUUCCAGGAUUGGUUGCUGCCAUCAAAACAGCACUGGAGAAACUACCAUCAGCAUGCACCCAUUCCACCCUCAGCCAGAAUGACUGCCAGCAAACUCCAGGAUCUGAAACUAGCGGUGACGACUUGAUGUUCCUGGGCAACUCCGCCGUCCAGGUCUCAAAACGGCUCUUCAAUAGAAUCGGCAGCAGACGUUUGUCGCUUUUCACACAGGAGCUGGCCACAAUGAUCUUUGGGAAAGAGACCCUGGCCAAGUCAACCCUUACUGGAAAGGGGAAAAAAGGGGAGGCCAAAGAUCAACUUGACCCUGAAAAGGUCGAAGCCAUCAUAG